UUCGACUGGCGUUCCAGAGCGUUUUUCGUAGUAGGAGGUUGGAUAAGUGCGAUCUCUUACUAGGAUGAUUUGGGACUGGAAUGCACCAUUAAUCCAAUGUGAUUUUAAGUUGUAGCAUACGACUUUUGCAGACAAUCACAAAGACCUUGCCGACCUGGUGAAACGAUAUCCCUUUGUUUGGACAAACAUUUGAAUCGUGUUUAUUUGGAGUUUAAGCGAUUGUACAAAUUGUCCAGUUGACGGUACUACAUACAGAGAUAUCUAUAUAUAUUAUAUACAUCUAUAUAUUUCCAUUUACCCUGGGAUCACUUUUUAACCAGUUAAAUAUCUGGUGUUGGGUUCAACGUACCCAUAUCGGGGAAGGACGGCAAAAAGUAGCCUACCUAAAGGGUUUAUCAAAGUAAACGAUUCCAAAAUUACAGAACACUAAAAUGAGACAACACACACUGCAAUACGUGCAAAACGUUUUGAGAAAUUCCCUGACACAAUAAAAUAAUCAUUGAAAUUGGAACAUAUAUAUAAAAAAUCAUAUGUAUGUACAUUUUGGACAAUAAACAGAAAAAUCUGAAUGAUUUUAUAACAGUCAACACUGAAUUUCAACUGACGUUAUGUUUACGUCAUUCUUUAGGGGUGGCACGUGCUCGCUGAAAAAAGGGGCCGGACCGGAGGCAACUACAUGGUUUCACUCAGGUCGUCGUUGUCGAAAUGAAUUACCUACCUGCGCGCCCUCAGUUUCAGUCUUAGAAAAUCAUUGAAUAGAAUAUCAGCUGAUCUCUUUGUAAAAUGUCUGGAAGAGGCAAAGGAGGUAAGGGACUUGGAAAGGGAGGCGCAAAGCGUCAUCGUAAAGUCCUUCGUGAUAACAUCCAGGGCAUCACCAAGCCCGCCAUCCGCCGCCUGGCUCGCCGUGGUGGCGUGAAGCGUAUCUCCGGUCUGAUCUACGAGGAGACUCGUGGUGUGCUGAAGGUGUUCCUGGAGAACGUGAUCCGCGAUGCCGUCACCUACACCGAGCACGCCAAGAGGAAGACCGUGACUGCCAUGGAUGUGGUCUAUGCUCUGAAACGCCAGGGCCGUACUCUGUACGGAUUCGGAGGCUGAAAGCAUUUUCCAAUACCAGGAAACCAAAGGCUCUUUUAAGAGCCACCAA